AUGGCGGCAGUUGCGAAGCGCCGGCGCUGCGUGGUGCUGGCGGACGGCAGCGCAAUCGGAUGCUACCACCGCAACACACACGAGACGCACACCGUGGUGCUCGAGCCCUCCGGCCACACGUACACGUAUAUCCAUCCCGACGGGACGCGCACGCGGCACUUGACGCCCACCGCGCUGUCCAGUCACCGUCCGAUGGUGGUCGACACACUCAACCAGCGCAACCGGUUCACGGACCAGCCGCCGUAUCUGCAUGUACAGUUAAUGCAAGCAAAAGACGUGAGGCGGCAGCGUCGCAUCCGAGCGCCUCGAGCCAGGUGGCCAGCGUCAGGAGGGAAGCUCAAAGUGUCGAAGCUGUACAACGAGCAGGAGAAGUGCUUCGAGAUGCAGUCGAUAGAGGGCGCGGCUAAAGUGCGAGUGCAAGCCAGUGGGAAGCUGGUGGAUCUCUAUUAUGUGGUGGAAGUGAAGGUCUCGGACGACCAAGUGGAGGACAGCAGCCACGCUCAUUACGCUACGCUGCAUCGGACGUUCGCGGUGGGUCAGACGCCGCAGAGCUUUGAGCUGCCGGUGAGGACGUUACUGGCGGCGAAAGCAGCGUGGGAUAAUGACCGUGAAGCAGAGAUUGAGUUUGUAGGUGGGGAUUCGGAGGACGGCGUGAAUGGAUCUGUGUCGCAAUUGCCCGGGAAUGGCGCGUUCGCUGCUCGACCAGCGUUUCCCAUCAUGGCUACGAGUAACGACGGCGUUGUGGGAGAUGGAGGAGAGCAGGCAAGUGGUUUGGCUUUGGCCGAGAUAUUGCGAGUGGCUACGCUGCCCUCUAAGUUCCUGUACCAUCGUGUUGUGGCGGAGGUCGUGGGGGAGGAUGCAACGUUGCUUGUUCAACUGAACUGUGAGCGAUCAUUGCUGGUGGGGUGCGAUGGGUUUUACACGUGGUAUGAUGAAAUAGGACGACCUCAGCACCGGUUCACGCGUGAAACGAUUCCUCCGCCGUCCACCAUCGACAACAAGGGCACGAGUCACUCUGUGGAUGCGCUUUGCCAACACAUCGACUACCACGGGCGAUUUCGUGCAUUCCGUGAUGGCCGCGUUCGCGUUGCCUUUGCAGAUCGCACGAUCCUCCAGGUUGAACGCGACGGCGACUGUUGCUCGUUCUUUUUUGCUGACGGGAGCUCGGUUCAGACGACGUUGGCGUCAGCACCACUGCGGCAUCGUCCGUACAUCUACCGAGCGCUGGAGUUCGGCGACUGGGCCUUUGCGUCGCAAGAGGAGCGUAUGCUACGCCACACCAAGCGGCAAGAAGCACAGGCAAUUGUCUCGCGAGAACUACAGCGGAUCAGCGUGCGCUGCGGCAUGAACAGCCAACUUGAGUUGCCGCAGCAGACGAAGGCUCUCCAAUCUGCCACACUGCAACACAUCGCCAGCGUCGACCAUGCGCUGCAAAUGGCGGCGUCCGCAGCCACUAACGACACUUAA